AGGAAGACUAUGAGCGAGAGCAGCGAAGAAAAGAACGGCGCAUUGAAAGUGGGGAAAGUUCAUGGAUGCUGCCUUCACUGAGCGAGAGGUUGACAGCAGAAGAUGAAAGCAACGACAAGGAUAAAUCAAAGAGGAAGAAACACAAGAAAGAGAAGAAACAGAAAAAGGACAAAAAAGAAAGAAAGCACAAGAAGCAAAAGAAAAGUGUUACAGAGGAGAAGUCAUCAGAAUCAGAAUCUGAUAAUGAGUGGGUUGAAAAAGGAACCAACACUUCAACAACUGAUACUGUGAAGUCCUCGACAGUGCCCAGUCAACCUCAGCAGCAGCGCGAAAGCUGGAUGCUUUGCCCACCAAUCACAGAACACUCUUGGGAACCAAUAACUGUAGAAGAAGAUCAAAAGCAGGAGGAGACAAAAGAGGAAGAAGAUGAUGAUAACAUGAAAGCAUUGUCAUGUAUGGAUCGGCCAGGGCAGCAUCCUAAAGAGUUGAACCCUUACUGGAGAGAGGGAGGUACAGGGUUACCAUCAGAGAGAGAGACAUCACGGGAAGCCACUCACAGGGAAGAAAGUUCCAGAAAUUCAUUUAGUAGUGCCUGGUUAAAGAGAGCCUAUCAAAGAGCCAAAGAGGAAGCUGAAGAAGAAGGAAAGAGUUUGGCUGAUGUUGUUGCCAAAAGAUACGGGUCUGUGGAGAGACUGGAGGUGAUGAUCAGGGAAGCAGAGGAAAGGGAAGCAAAACAAAGAAAGGAAGAAUCAAAGCUCUCAAGCCGAGAAAGAUACCGAGGUGACAGGGACAGACAGGAUAAUAGAAAACGAGACAGAGUUGAAAGAAGAAAUAAAGAAAGAAGCCCAGACAGAUAUGACGGGUACAAAGCAAGGUCACAUGACAAAUCUAGUGCUAGUUCAUACAGGUCAGCCAGAGAUACCGAGGAACACAAAUGGAGAAGGAGAGAUGGUGAAGGAAGAGAACCAGUUAAACUUGACACUGCAAGAUUUUUGCGGCCAGACGACAGCGACAACAGGUCUUCGUUUGCUGGAAAGUUCAAGCGUCCGCCGUCAUCAUCCUCAACAGUGACGUCAUCCACAUGGGACUUUGACUCAAAAGAAGAAUCCAGGCGCAGCGAAAGACAUUCCAGUGAUGGACCAAGCUCCAGGCCCUCUGGCGGGUGGAGAAAGAAGAAAGAGACUGGAAAUGACAAAGGAUCAUCUCCUCGGGAAGAACAGGAUGCUGGGAAAGAAAGCGUAGGCCAGGAAAUAAAACGACAAUCCGAAACAGACAGCAGCUUGAGUUCAGAGGGAGAAGAAGAAGAGAAGAGAACGGUUGUGAUUCCUGCAAAGAAAAUCACCGAAAAAGAUCUUAAUGACAUUGGAGCAAAGAUUGUUAAGGCAGAAAUCAUGGGAAAUGAGGAGCUAGCAAUCAAGUUGAAAUCACAGUUGGAAGAAAUGAGGAAAAACAAGGAGCUUCAAGAAGCUGGAAUGAAGGGGAGUGGCCCAGCUGAACGCGCCGAGGAGAUGGUGGUUUUAACACGGUCUGAUGCAAGUGGAAAUGUUUGGCCGCUAGAAAUGACCGAGCGACAGGAACCGAGAGGAGGACGAAGAAAACGAAAAAAGGUGGAGACACAUGGCAAGGAAGGGACAAGGGAGAGGUAUUUUGCAGAUGACGACAGAUAUGACCUGAAGGAAAUGGUGAGAAGAGAGAAAAUGAGCACUGUGGAUGACCAUGAGGCAAUGAUGGCCAAGCUUGCGGCAAAGGCGGCAAAGACUGGUUACUCAGAUGACUUCACGUUAGAUGAUCGUUUUGUGUCAUCCGCUGCAAACAAAAUUUCUCCGGCUGAUCAGGAACGACGAGCAAAGCAGAGGGCAAUCCGAGAACACAAGAUGUUGGCUGCUCAACUGUCUAAAUGCCGCUUCUGUUUCGAGAACCCAGACAUCGCCAAACAUCUUAUUAUUGCUAUUGGUCUCAAGGUGUAUUUAGCUGUGCCACUUCACGUGUCUCUCACUGAUGGACACUGCCUCAUUAUCCCAAUGCAGCACUGUUCAGCUUCAACUAUGUUGGACGAGGAUGUGUGCAGUGAAAUACAGAUUUACAAGAAAGGUCUCACCAAGAUGUUUGAAGAAAUGGAGGAGGACGUCGUUUUCCUGGAAACAUGUAAACAGUUACGGAAACAGCAUCAUAUGAUUAUCGAAUGUGUCCCUCUGCCCAAAGACACAGGAGACAUGGCGCCUGUUUAUUUCAAGAAAGCCAUUCUUGAAUCCGAAACUGAAUGGGCACAGAACAAGAAGCUGAUAGAUACCAGAAAGAAAGGCUUGCGAGCUGCAGUUCCCAAGGGACUUCCUUACUUUAGUGUCGAGUUUGGAUUGGACGGCGGAUUUGCUCACGUGAUUGAGGAAGAAGAACUGUUUCCACAUUAUUUUGGCAAAGAAAUUCUCGGCGGAAUGUUGGACCUUGAGCCAAAUAGAUGGAGAAAACCGCGCCGGGAAAACUUUGAAGAACACAAGAGAAAAGUGCUGCGGUUUGCGGAUUGGUGGAAACCUUUUGACUGGACUCAAAGGAUAGAGAGGAAAUGAGAACCAUGAACUGAUGAGGACAGAAAGGGACUGAAAGAACAGAGAGAAAAUCACAACAAUAGAAAUGAGGUACCAAGGAUAUGGAGGAAACGAAUGGAUAGAUAGGAAAUGAGAAUGGCGAGAAAAGUAAAGGACAGGAUGGAAACGGCAGUGAUGAAGGCGAGCACACAAGGUUUAUCUGAUGGAACAGAGACGAAGUGAAAAAUGAAGAUGACUGGAAUACGAUUAACUGACAAUGUAAUGAACAAUUCAUAACAUUAUUAUAUCUCUCAGUUAGUACGCGCGCUGUGAUUGGUCAAUUUAGCGGGCCGUAUUCUACUUUAUUAUAUUUCACAAAUUCACGAAUUCCCAAUUCACGAAUUUGAUUGGCGAAAAUCAGAUUGAAAGCGGUUUAGAUUUUCCCAUCUAGACCGGCAAUGUUUUAAGGUAUUAAGUUGCAAACUAAAAUGCUAAAAUAUUGA